AUGGGGUUCUUUAACUGCAAGAGGGACAAUAUCAAAAAGCCUCCCUCCGCCUGGGGGAGCAACAUCUCCAACGCCUCGGUGUCGUCUUCAAGAUCAUCCAAAUACGUCCAAGAUCCGUACUCUCGCAUCAAAUACCCUGUUGCAGCCCCAUCCUCAUCUUCCCGGUCUCGCAGGACAUCACCGGUGAUCACCACCGAUGACUAUUACCACGUCUCCGCAAAUGUCCCUCCUUUCCAGGCCUCCCCGUACGCGCAGCUCGAUCAUUCAACAUUUGCUUACUAUGGAGGAUAUCAAUAUGAGGCUCGGUCCUCGCUAGUCCCUCCUCCCAGUCUCCUCCCCCCAUCAGUAAUGAGGUCUUCCUACGCUGUUCCGCCCUACAAGUACGACUUCGUCGAGAUCAAAGAACAACAUGCCACAACCAUCCCCCACGAAAUCGAAACACUUAAAGCGGUAGUAAGCCGCCCUACCGUACCAAGCUCCGAUGAUAAAAAAGCCCAGCAGAAAAUCACUGAACUCGAGGAAGAAGUUACCAAGCUGCGCGUUCGCGCCGAUAACAAGGAUCUUCUUGAGCAACUGAAUAAAGCCCGAGCUGAAGGCGCAACACAAGCCGAAGCGCGGCUGAAGAAGGAAAUUGAGCAGCAGCGCGAGCGUGAACAGCAAGAGGAAGAGAGGAUUAGGAAGCAAAUUGAGCAACAACGUGAGAGUACAAGGGAACAUGAACGCCAUACACAGGAGCGGAUCAGGAAGGAGUUCGAGCACCAUUAUGAAGUUGCCCGCGAGCGUGAGCGUCGGAUACUCGAGCGGGGAUCUCAACGAAGAACUACCCCACAGAGGGACUACUCCGAUUGGGAGGUUGGCAGUGAAGAUAGUGCUGAAUCUGUGCGAGCUACUGCGCCGAGAAGGAGGAAGAAUCGCGACCGGGAAGUGAAGCAGGAGUAUGUGACGCAUAUACAUACCGUCGACCUCCCAUCUCUCGCGGAACUAGGUAGGACGCUCGGUGGUGGUGGAGGUGGCGGCGGUUCUAGGUUUGUACGAGAUGUCAUUUUGCCAGGUGGUGGUGGUAAUGGGGGUGGAGGUGGUAAUGGGGGAGGUGGCGGUGGAGGAUUCUCACCAUCUAGUGGCGGAGCAAUAAACGCUAUCGAUUUGCACCAUAUGCGUGAGAUGGAGAAUGGCUUGGGCAAGCGACCCUAUGUAACCAGGCUGGUGCCGGAGAAGGGAGGCUGGUUGGAGACCGAUAGCGGGGAUAGGUGGUGGGAGCUGAGGGAUCCGCGGAGGCGCGGAUACUGA